UUUCCCAAGGACACCAGCCACUAACGCUCCUGGCGAGGCUGCUACUGGUGCCGCUCAACAUCCCACGCCCGUCUAUUAAUACCGCGCGCGUGCGUGUGCCCUGCCGUUCUCAAGUUGUGAUCGCACGGUAGUACUCGCAAGCGAAGUUCUGCUUUCUUUUUGAACCAUGGCAACUCUGGGCGCAGCAACAGCGUGCGUCCCGGCCUCCGGCGUCAGGUGCAUCCCGACGUUUGCUGCCGCGCCGGCGCCGAUCAGGACCGCCCCACGUCCCACCGCCUCUCUGAAGCGACCCACGACGGGUGGCGUGAGGCUGUCGGCGAGGUUCAGGACGGCGGCCGCGACGCACAAGGUGAAGCUCGUCGGGCCCGACGGCGAGGAGACGGAGCUGGAGGUGGCGGAGGACGCCUACAUCCUGGACGCGGCGGAGGAGGCCGGCGUGGAGCUGCCCUACUCGUGCCGGGCCGGGUCGUGCUCGACGUGCGCGGGGAAGCUGGCGUCCGGCGAGGUGGACCAGUCGGACGGAUCGUUCCUCGACGACGCGCAGAUGGCCGAGGGGUACGUGCUCACCUGCGUCGCCUACCCCCGGGCGGACUGCGUCAUCUACACCCACAAGGAAGAGGAGGUGCAUUAGCUUAUAGCUAGACCAAAUCGUGCCAGAGUUUUCGUGUCGUGUCCGACGGUUUGGUGUCUUGCACAUGUAGGGUGCUGUGUAGUGGAGUAGUAUCGUUUCGAACGCUGUAUGAUUUGUUUGCUCAAAGUGAAUAGCAUAUCGUCAGUU